GCCAGGACCGUCCAAAGCACCGAGCGGCGCGAUGUAGACUUGCGACAACUGCUGCGGACGGCCACGGUCGCCCACUGUCAUUGGUACAACCCACGGGCCAACCCGCGCCGCCGCAAUGCAACACCGCUCGACGUUCGGGUGACCAUUGCCGGCCACGACAUUGUGUGGCCCAUGCCACGUGACCAAGUGCAAUCACUCACGGCGCUGUACCCAGGUACACCCGUACUGCUGCCAUCAAACAUUGUGGACUUUCGUGAUGCCCCCCUCGACGAUUCCAUUUUGCGCGAAAUCCUAGCACCACUGCAGCCGCAGCCACACGCCUGUACCUACGAGUUGGUCCAUCUCGCGAUCGAUAUCGUUGGCAAUUCAUCAGCAAUCGUGCCGUCAUCUCCACCGCCCAAUACCUUUGGAACACUCGUCUAUUUUUUCCCGUCUGACUGCACCGGUGGCGCGAUAACCAUUUCAUAUGGCAGUGACCAGUUGAUCGUCGCUGCACCCUCGAAUGGCGACUACAUGGCGCUCUACAAUACAGCGACUGUGUCAGUUGCGCCGAUCGACGCCGGCCACCGCAUCGUUGCCGUGUACCACCUCAUGUACACAGAAGGAAGACCCACGCUACG